AUGCUAUCAACUGACAACGGCUCAAACAAAUCAUCUUUCCGUAAAUCUGAGGAGAAUUUAUCUGCAACAAAUGAAGAGUCAUUUUUGAAAAACUGUGAUCGGAGAAUACUGAAAAAUUUCACUGAUAUUUCGAAAUAUGAUAAACGUGUAGGUUGUGUCAUGUCAUUGUUGGCUAAUUGUGUAACCCUCGUAAGUGAUUGUGUUCUCUAUCAUACUCAUUAUAAUUGCAAUAAUCAUCGUUAUAGCCCCACACUUCUUUGGGUCGUACGACUUGAAUCCUGUUGUUCACUUUAUAAUGACUAUGGUAUUUUGCGUGUUAGCCAUAGCCAGUGGAUAUCUUAUCGUAAUUUCUACAUAUUUCAGAGAAAAACUGAUUACUGCUUUAAUUACUCUUCUCAUUUAUGGAAUAUGUUGCUCUAUUUGUCUGUCCAUUUUCUUUACCAGUGCUACACUUGUGGAUGUUAUUCUGGGUUGGGUUGCAGCUGUUGUCAUAUGUGCAUGUGGAGUAUUUUUAGGGGCAAUGAUAAAGAAAGAUUUGAUUAA